AUGCAUACUAGGCUGGGGGUGGGCGCCUGCUUGAUUGUUUUCCCAUGCUGGCUUUUGAUCAUGUCCGUUCGAUCGCGGUCCUUAUCGCUUUUCCCGCUGCCCCUACAUUCCAAUCUCGUCAUCUUAGCCCGGCCCGGUUAUUCUCGACGCCUCGACCGACCCAGCAACAUGGCUGCCGAUGCCGAAGUGACGAGUAACCUGCAAGCCCUCUCGCUUGAAGGUCUGGCCUCUCAUCAGCAGCAACGAAUCGUUGGCUCUCCCAUUCCCGGCGCUCGGACCAAUGUGUCCUCCACCUCGAGCGCCUCAAGUCGCUCGGCUCGACCCGUGCCCCCGCCCCUCAACAUCCCCGACCUUACCCACCAAGCCACCCGUCCCAUGGGUCGAUUUGGUGAACCCUCGGCCCCUACUGCUGGAUCAGUCCCGGCCCCCACCUCCAAUGCCACUCACCACGGCUAUGACAUCCCACCGUUCAAGGGAAAAGACGAGGACGACGCAGGUGAUGCGUCCUCGCCUACCAGCAAUGGGUCCAACGGUCAAUUCAACCAAGCCCCGGUCUCCAAGACCAACCUGAUCAUCAAUUACAUCCCAAACAGCUUCUCCCAAGACGACCUGCGUGCGCUCUUUGGCGCCUACGGUGCCUUGAAAAGCUGCAAGCUCAUGUAUGAUCGGGCCACGGGAAAGAGUCUUGGCUACGGUUUUGUUGAGUACGAAGACGAAAACGGUGCUACCAAGGCUGCUGAUGCCCUGAACGAGUUUCAGAUUGAGAACAAGCGUCUCAAAGUCAGCUUUGCUCGCCCCUCCAGCUCAACCAUUACGAAUGCCAAUCUCUACAUCAAGGGCUUGCCCACCACCAUCAACGAGCAAUCCUUGACGGACAUGUUCAGCUCAUGUGGCGAUAUUAUCAGCGUUCGCGUCCUCUAUGACCGCAAUGGCACUCCCAAGGGCGUGGGCUUUGUGCGCUUUGAUCAACACAAGGAGGCGGAGAAUGCUAUUCAGCGCUUCAACAACGUGACCCCUGAAGGCUGCACUACACCGCUCGUGGUCAAGUUUGCGGACAAUGCAAAAUCGCGUGCGGCCGCCCCGCCUCCGCCGCACGUCCAGGCGACCAUGAAUCACUAUGGUGGAUUCAUGCCCUACCAUCCGCCAACCUCGCCACCGGCACAGCCCUUUGCGGCGCGCAUGUCGAUGCAGGCCCCGAAUCAACCUCAGGCACAGCCUCAGCCUCAGCCUCAGCCCAUGCCACCUCACCCUCUGGGCAGCAUGGCCCCCGACGAGGGCCACCUGGGCAUGAUUCCACCUUCAGCCAUCUCAGACCAGGGCAUCUGCCUCUUCGUCUACAAUCUUCCUCCUGCGUGUACCGAGCAGGAUCUGACUGCUCUAGUUGGCCAGUAUGGCAACGUGCGCUCUGCCAGCAUUGUGCGAUACAAGGAGACGGGCUCUUCCAAGGGUUAUGCCUUUAUCACGGUAGCAACCAAUGCCGACGCCACCAACGUAAUCCGCAACCUCAACAAUAUGCGCUACAAUGGACGAGACCUGCAAGUGUCCUUCAAGAAGCAAUCGCGCCGUCCCGCUCACGCUGAUAUGGGCAACAUGCAUGCCGGCCAUGUGCUUCCACACGCUGGCCCGCGUGACAUGAGCUACAUGCACAUGCCCCUGGAUGCGGGCUAUGGCUCUCUACCUGCUACGGCCCCACAAAUGGGCAUUCCCGGUCGCCAUCCAUCCUUGCCCAUGAUGGGCAUGGGCAUGCAAGCAUCUAUGCAAACACCAAUUUCACCCUUGAGCCCGGGUACCGCAGCUCACUUGCUGAAUCCCGGUCUCCUCUCACCCUCAGCGGCACCCAUGCCCUUGCAAACACCUCAGCACCUCAUUUCCCCUUCCUACCCAUCAUCUGCGGGUCCUUACUCGUAA